GAGGAGGCGGCGGCCGGGUGAGCAGCGAGGAUGGAGGAGAAGGUCUUCACCAAGGAGCUCGACCAGUGGGUGGAGCAGCUGAAUGAAUGCAAGCAGCUCUCCGAGGGGCAGGUGAAGAGCCUCUGCGAGAAGGCUAAAGAAAUCUUGACAAAAGAAUCCAAUGUGCAAGAAGUACGAUGCCCAGUCACAGUUUGUGGAGAUGUCCAUGGACAAUUUCAUGAUCUCAUGGAACUUUUCAGAAUUGGAGGCAAAUCACCAGACACAAAUUAUUUGUUUAUGGGGGACUAUGUUGACAGGGGAUAUUACUCUGUUGAAACAGUGACACUUUUGGUAGCUCUCAAGGUCCGUUAUCGUGAACGUAUUACUAUCCUUCGAGGGAAUCAUGAAAGCAGACAGAUCACACAAGUAUAUGGUUUCUAUGAUGAAUGUUUAAGGAAAUAUGGAAAUGCAAAUGUUUGGAAAUACUUCACAGAUCUUUUUGACUAUCUUCCUCUAACUGCCUUGGUGGAUGGACAGAUUUUCUGUCUACAUGGUGGACUUUCCCCAUCUAUAGAUACACUGGAUCAUAUCAGAGCACUCGAUCGCCUGCAGGAAGUUCCACAUGAGGGUCCAAUGUGUGACUUACUGUGGUCAGACCCGGAUGAUCGUGGUGGUUGGGGCAUUUCUCCUCGAGGAGCUGGUUAUACUUUUGGACAGGAUAUUUCAGAAACUUUCAACCAUGCUAAUGGCCUUACUUUGGUUUCAAGAGCUCAUCAGCUGGUAAUGGAGGGAUACAAUUGGUGCCACGAUCGAAAUGUAGUAACAAUUUUCAGUGCUCCAAAUUACUGUUACCGUUGUGGAAACCAGGCUGCAAUCAUGGAACUUGAUGAUACUCUGAAAUACUCAUUUUUGCAGUUUGAUCCAGCACCACGCAGAGGUGAACCACAUGUUACUCGUCGCACCCCAGACUACUUCCUGUAAUGAGUUUUUACACUUGUACAGUAUUGCCAUGAACCAUGUGUUGACCUAAAGGAUAUAGGAAGAGCAACAGUAACUCCAAAGUGUCAGAAAACAUUUAACAUUCAAACUUAUUUUCACAUGGACCAAAAGAUGUGCCAUAUUGAAAUACAAAAACCUCUUGUCUGUCAGCGACUGUGACCACUUUAGAAUGAACCAGUUCAUUGCAUGCUGAAGCAACGUUGUUGGUCAAGAAACCAGUUUCUGGCAUAGCUCUACCUGUAGUUACUUUUGCUUUCUCUGAGAGACUGCAAAUAUUAAGAUGUAGACAUUUAACACCUCGUGAAUACAAUUAACUUUCCAUUUAGCUAUAGCUUUCCAGCAUGACUGUAGAUAAGGAUAGCAAUCGAUCAUUGAAGCUUAAUGAACAUUUUUAAAUAAGUACCAAGACUGAUUCUUAUUUGUGUUCUGAAGCUCUGUUUAUUUUCAGGGAAAACUCAUUAAUUUAAUUGUAUGAUUAUGUUUUGUCUGCACUCAGCUUCUCCCACAUUUCCCCUAUACAAUGUCCUUUGUACUUGUCCAUCAUAGUGAGUUAUUUUGAACAGAACAGGCUUUUUUUCUGUAAGACCUUGCUGCAGAAGAGUGCUGCAGCAUUUUUUCAUAAUAAACUUGUGAACUAAGUAUAGAAAAUCGUUGACUUUUAAAUGUAUUGCAGGCCAGUAACAUGUUUAAUAAAAAUGACUAGCUUUUA